AUGCCUCGCACGUUGCAGUGCAGGCCGCCCCACGCCGCCGCGACCCUGGGGCCGCGCACCAAGGCGGAGGGCGGCGUGUUUGUGCGGAUGGAGGGGCAGCCGCUGCUUGAGCUGGCUGAGGGGCACCGCGCGGUGCCGCUGCUGUCGCCGGAGAAAGACCGCGUGCCCUUUGCCGCGGCGCUCCGCAUCAUCCAGCCGGGCGCCGCGCCCGCGCAGGCCGUGGGUGCAGGCCCGGAGCCCCACGACACGCUCGAGCUGCACUACACGCUGUGCGGCGCGGGCUCCCUCCUGGGAGCCAACGGCACCGCGCAGCCCGUGGGCCCCGGCGACAGCAUCAUCUCCGCGCAGGGCGCCGCGCUGUUCACCGUCCCCGCGGGCGCCGCCGACGCUGGGGGCGUGCCCGCGCCGCUGGUGAUGCUGCAGGUGCUGCUGCCGGGCAAGCUGCUGCGCGACGCCGCCGGCGGCCUGGGCACCGCCCACACCGACCCCGCGGACCUCCUGAUCCGCCCCGAGUGGUCGUGCCCCACCGUCCUCAAGGCGGGCCGCGUGUCGCAGGAGCUCAUGUGCUCCCUGCUGUCGCGCGACAUGGAGCUCACCCAGGGGGACGGCCACGGCGGCGACGCCGCAGCGCCCGGCCCCGGCGACGGCGAGAGCGCCGCCCCCUCCGGCUCCUCCGACCCCGCCGCCCCCGCGGCCGACGUGACGCUGGAGCCGCUGGCCGGCAGCCGGCCGCUCCACAAGCGCUCCCUCUCCGGCGUGCGCGCGUGGCAGCUGCCCAACGCGACCAACCAGCUGGCGCUCGUGUUUGGCCCUCACCUGGACCCGGAGCUGUCGAUGACGUUUGGGGUCGAGAUGUUUGAGCCCGGCCACAGGACCACGCGCCACAUCCACACCUCCGCGUACGAGAUGUUUGUGGUGCUGGGGGGCCAGGGCGUGGGCAUCUCCAACGGCGAAGAGGUGCCCAUCAGGGCGGGCGACGUGGCGGUGUUCCCGCCCUACGUGGUGCACGCCAUCGACAACACCUCGGACAGGAGGCUGUACUGCCUGCAGAUGAUGCUGCCCAAUGACAUGUUUGCCGAGUUUGUGACCAGCGGCUCCCUGCUGGACCCGCUGGACUCUGCAGACAUGGGCCACAUCAUCUCUGGCAGCUGCUGA